GACAGGAGGGAGCGCUCUUUUUGUUGCGGGUCGCUGUGUCGCUGCUGGCUGAUCGAUCGAUCGACGCCCGAUUGGCCUCUGCACCUGUGCAACUGUCGAUCGGUGUGAUCAAGCAGCAAGUAGUGUCGAGCAAGUGAAGUCAAGGCAAGUCAAGUCAGCAAGGUCUGUGCAAGUAGUCUCAUCAAAGACAUGGCAUCAACCUCGUGAGACUUUAAAAGCGAAGACGAAUCAAAUCAAAUCGAGAAGAAGAAGUGAGACGAUUGAUGCGUGCAUGUUUCCGAGAACAAGUCCAUUGAGCUUGGGGGUAGUCAGUUGUACCGGUAGUCAGUCGUAGCAUUGCAAUCGAGCAUCGAGCAUGACAGUCCAAUUGCAAGUGGUCUCGUCGUCUCAGCCGCACAUUGGAUUGCCUGAUUGGAAGCUGAAAGAACGCCAGAGACGAGCAGAUCCAGCUUCCGACGAACGGCGGCACCGCAGCCACAGUCGUCGAAUGGCGGAACGACGAGAACGGCGGGAAUCCUCGAAACACACCAGUACUAUACAUACUCGUAGUAGCAGCUUUGACAGACAAGAGAGAGAACGAGAGAGAGACAGAUACAGAGAGAGACGACGACAACAAGAACGCCUAUCACAACAACCCAAGCCUGAACAUGUCCCCACUUCCAUACGGCGAACCGGGAGAUCCGACCGUACAAGUCGAAUAUCAGUACCGCAGCACGAAAUUGAGUUCCUCAAGGAAUCGGCCAUCAAGAAAAGCAACGCUAGUAGCAAGCAAUUUGAAAGUCCUGACAAGGCACUCUUCACAUUCCCCUGGAAAUGGCCCGGGGUGGACGCGCAGCAGGAGCAACCGCCAAUGCCAAUCACAUCGACGGCACGGGACCAUGCACCAGUUCAGCAGCAGCAGCAGCAGCAACAACAACACAGAAAGAGGGACAUUGGGACACCAACGAAAACAACUAGAGCUAAGGGACUCAAUACUGCUACCGCUACUACUACCGGCAUUGCUAGUGAAGCUGACAGGGGAAAGGGUGUGCCAAGCGUUGUCUUUGCCAUUCGGGACAAUGCCAGUGAAAACAACACGGCGUUAUCACGGUCCGUCACUGCUUCGUCGGCACUGCCAUCCAUCCCUACCGGGAUCAUUCCUGAACCGGGACGAACACAUCAUAGAAAUAUUACCGUCACUGCUUCGCCGGCACUACCAUCCAUUCCUACCGGUACCGAUAUCAUUCAUCCAAGUCACAGUCACAACGAACCGGGACGAACACAUCAGAGAAUUAAAGCUCCAACACCCACGAGGCGACCAAUUGCACCUCCAAGGAUAAGGCGGCAAACACACCAAGAACCGGCUAUUCAGCCGUGGCCAACCCCACCAUCGCACUUGAAACGACAGGAACAUCAGAGAAAACAUCAGCAUCGGCUCAGAAGGUUACUACCUGAUGACGAAUCAUCCAAUGAUCUUCAGCCUAUUGCACCCAAACCGCAAGUACCAAUCUUGGUGGGAGGAAGAGAAGACCCCAUUCCCUGUUCUGACAGCCUCAUGGAUAGUGUACACAGGCGAUAUGCUUCCGCUGGAAUAGAUUCUGGUGUCGGGGCUGUGGCUUCAGGGGAAAGCAACGGGGUUAAGCCACACCAUCAUCAUCGGAAACUCAAGAAACAGACAAUACAUGACCUCACGGGGCUCGAGUCCAUCAGUACCUACGAACUCGAACAGCGAUACAUGGUCAGCGAGGUGCAAAGUAUUCUCGAAAAUGAUAAAAAGAGAACAAGGGAUAAGGAAAAGAUUGCUCUACCAAAGCUAACACAUACCAGUACUGCACAAGCACCCGUUACUGACAGCGACAUUGCCAAUAACCAGCGUCUUGGCACCAUCAGUAACAUGCCGAGAACUGAAACUCCUGAUCCACUCAGUUCCAAGGAGAAAGAGCUCAAACAAGAACAAAAGAACCGCCACUCAAGUCCGCCGGGGCAGAUUGGUGGACAGAUUGUCUACAAUUUAUCCCACUCAUCAUCACAGGAGAGACAGGCCAAAGUUCAUGCCAGUAUAAAGGCACACACCGCGUCCAUUUCCGACUCUCUUGAAAAGAUGAAGUUCAACCUCAGACAGAAACAGAGUCUCUUGUCGCAUGCCGUGUUUGACAUGAAAACAAGGCAAAAGCGAGAAGAGAAGUCAUCCAUCACCGACAGACUCCGCAACAAUCUCAAUGUCUCGCAACGUAAUCCGGAUACAGUGCCCCUGCUGAAGAAUCAAAACUAUAUUUCAGACAUAUUCUCUGACAUUGCCAGCAAAAUGACAGUGAACAAAUCCCGGGGAAGCGAAAGACACAACAAAGACAAUGAUGAGAUAAAGGCUGCAGGAAGCAGACAGAAGUACCCUUACAUACCCAAGGUCAGUGGGAUACUUCAGGCACGGAGAGAGCAGGAGCGUGCCAAGGAAGCUUCCAAGCUUGGAAACAGUCGAGAUCGGGCAAAACCUCAAGACGAUGGUCAAGAACGACAAGCAAGAGCGCCACAAAAGAAAAUGAUCGAUCCGUCCUUGGAAUCAUUAUACCGGAAAAACCCUCCUCCUCAAGACAAGCCAAAGGUUGAACAGGAUAUCACGAGCAUUCAUCUCCAGGACCCCUGCAGCAUCACGAGUCCCAUCACAGAGCAAUUCAGCACUUUCAUGACUCCAGACGACGCCGAAAGAAAACAAUCCUCCCUCUAUCUUCCAAACAUCCGGUCCAGGCGCACUACUACUCCAGUGGGAGAAACGAAGCUGCCUUUCCGUCCAACAAAUUCCACUCCAAAAGAACUCUUCGGUGGGCCUGCGAGUCGUGCAGGUGGAGGGUCCAGUCGAUAUCCUUCCGUUCGUGAUGUCAUUGACGUUACCAGUGCUGCUUCCUCCCUCAGGUUCAAAAAUGUCAUUGAUGUGACGGAUCAGGCAUCAUCACAAGAACUCGAUCGUGACCCUUCACUCAGAGAUCGCAAUCAGCAACAGCAGCUUCAACAGCACCACCGCCACCACCACCACCAGCAGCAGCAGCAGCAUGGAUACCAGCACAAGCAGCAACAGCGGCAGGGGCACAAGGAACGGGAGCAUCGUCGGGUAAAACAAGAAUAUCAACAGGAGCCGAAAAGCAAACGAACCGUCGCAGGGGAUGUGAUUGAUGUCACGAGUUUGGCAUCGUCGAAUCUCAGCCAGACUACAGUUAAAAAAGUGAUAUGCGUCGACGAAGAUUCAAAAGGCUACAUUCGUACAAAGCGCAAACUUUCGGCAAUGCCCAAGCUGAAGAAGUACGAUCGCAGCAAGGGACCUCCUCCCACCAGAAGCACUGGACAGAGGCGGAUUGGAGCUCAAGACGUGCAGGGUAGGCGACAGAACGAGGACAGAAACUUGGAUGAUGAUACCGGUGUUGAGAUCCACUACGAGGCAAACUACGAGGCAAACUACGAGGCACAAUACAAGUCAAAUUACGAGCAGGCAAACUACAGGCAAACAGAAGAACAGCCACUUCAAGCGGACUAUCGAUACAGCAAAAAUCGCUAUACGCGCGAAAGAGAAGCGAAACGAAACAGUUUCAGGGACGAAGAACAAGACGUCGGUUUUGUUCCUGGAAAGGGGUCGGAGGAAGAGAUUGUGUUCGCGCCAUCACCUACCGCGAAGCAGGGUUUGUUUGAGGGGAUCUGGGAUGCCGAGAGUCCAGGCGAUCUCGAACCAGGAUUUCUUAAAGAGCUGCCGAAGCGAUCGUUGCCAGUUGGUCCACCAAAGGUCUGGUCACGAGACAGGCAGGAAAGUUUGAAGUCUCGGAACAAUUCGGUCGACAGUAGUCAACCUCCAGCCUCCUUUUCUGCAAAGGGGCCCUUGUUCAUGAGUCGCUACAGCCAAGAAAACAAUCCAGGCAGCAAAAAGCUCGGAAGCCAUCUGUUGCCUAGAACAUUUCCGACAAGGUAUCCGCUCCAGCCUGAAGCAGAAGAAGAUAUUGCCCAGACAAGAUCACCUUUGGAAGCUUCCGCAACAGGCCCUGAGGUCGAGAGAGAGAGUCCACAAUUACUCAGGACAUCGAGUCGACUAGCACCGUCUUUGACUCCUGCACCAUUGGCCAGGGGUCCGAGUCCUUUGGGAAGAGCUACCGAUCGCGUCAGUAGGAGUUCCAGUCCCGUGGGCAAGGGGAAAAGCCCUUUGGGGAGAAACCCGGGUCGGUUGGUCCGGAGCGGUAGCCCCUUGGCUAGGGCACCCAGUCGUUUGGCCAUAUCUGUGAGUCCCACCAUAGUCAAGACUACCCCGAGCAAUGACCUAGCGCCACCUGUUCCUCAAUCAACCACCAGUCCUCCCGCGGCCACUCGAAGUAUUAAUCGUGUGCGGGAACCAUCAGUUCUUCCUUGGGCCACACGAAACUACCCUUCGCUCAUUCGACGGCAAGAUGCCCCUAUCAAUGCAGGCAACAAGACCCCAAUUGAACCAGAAGGGUCGGUGAAUGGAAUCCCGGACGCAAAAGAGUCCACCGAUGAGCCGGAAGAAUCCAGCUCGAGCGAAGAGACGAAAAAGGGUCACUCUCCGCAGAUUGUGCGUCCGAAACCCGUCCGGAGGGCAUCGGCUCUAUCGAAAAAGGAAAAGGGUUCAGAGCGCUCUAACGAGACUAGGAGCGUCACGUUUAAGGAGGCCAAGUUGCGGGGACAGAAAGACGGUAGCAUUCCGAACUACAUUUGCACUGAUAUGAGCAGCACUGAAAUAUCUUGGAAGCGCAAUAAGAGCGUGAGAUCGACUACUCACCCUUGGGACAAAGAAUCUCCAUCUCAAUCGAGCAGUCGAAAGGCGUUUACUGAUUUGAGUACUCGCAAGUUUGACUAUUCGAAUGAUGAUGAGAAGCGUCGACGUCGAGUGGAUGCUUUUGAAAAAGCGACUUCCCAGCGCGAUGAAGAAGAAGGGCAAGGCCGCAAGGGCGGCAAGAGUUCGAAGAGGAGCAUGUACGAUGAGGUACUGGAUGCGACAGUGAGGCCGCGUGAAGUGAUUAUCCUUGACGAUGAGGGUAGCAUGCAGUACGAAGUGUAUCAUGCUGACCGCGACACUGGCAGCAAGGAGAAAUUAUGGGAUGAAGUGAGUAAUUCGUUGAACCAAAGCUACACCAGUCACGGCAGACACUGGGAGACACUGGGGGACGGUAGCAUUCGAUCACGGCACAUUCAGGAAGGGGGCUCCAACGCGAGAUCGAGCCGAAGAUCAGGCAAACGAGACCUCACUCGGGAACGCGACAAUCGUGAGAAUGGAUUUCUUUUUGAUUUUCUCUGCUUCUGAUGAGGAUAUCCACUGCAUGUUACUAAGAAUAGGUUUGGGGUAACCAACAAUUGCUAUGGGUUGGGUAUACGGUACACACAGCCUUUCGAAACAAUGUCUAAGAUUCCUUAUUGAGCACUAGCUAGCUAUCUGGUAGUGGCUAUCUCUACUUGUACCGGU